AUGGAAGAGGAAAUGGACAAGAUGUUCAGCACAGAUGACUACCCAGCAGUUGAAGAGAUUAUCAGUGCAGCUACACCAAAGGAAGGUGAACGUUUCAAAACAAGAGACGAUGCAUUCUACAGAUACGCUCUGUAUGCAAGAAAGGAAGGAUUUGCAGUGAAGAAGUUCAGCAGCAAGAGAUCAGGAAAAAACGGAGAAAUUUACAUGCAAACGUUUGCAUGUAACAAGGAAGGAUGCACAAACACAGAUGCCGAACCAUCGUCGCACAGGAGAACAAACAUACUACUGAAGACUGACUGUAAAGCACAGAUAAUUGUAAAACAAUUUGAUGGAUACUGGUACAUCAAGAAGAUUUUAGGCAUCGGUACUCUUGAUGGGUUCGACCAGGUGAAGAUGGCCUACAAGCGACGCCGAAAGGACACUGAGAUCAGCGGUGAUACGGAGUACUUGUUGAAGUUAGGGAGGGCCUAUGAUGCGGUGAUGAUGGAGCAGCUGCAGAACCGGAAGAAAGAGGUGGUGACUGGAUCAGUUCAGGUGUUGAAGGACAUCAAAUAUGCCGAUAAUCAACCAGUAGUUCCCUGGGGACCAAGAUACUCAAGAUCCACCGCAAUGGACCUCCGCAUUAAUAUGGCAAUAUCAGCAACAUCCACCUUGUGUAUGUUGACCAUGGGUCACGCAGACUGGAAACCCUUGCAGUUUUUGUGUUUUGCCUAUUUCUGUCGUAUGCUUGAGAAACUGAACUCCACUGAGCCAGCAAUAACUCCUGCAUACAAUGAGUACGUUGAGGUUGAAGGCCGAGGCAUACAUAUGGCAAAACGAGUGCUGCGUUGUUUUGGUUUGAUACUUGGAUCGCUGCAUCCCUGCUCCGUAUCCUAUUUAUUUCAGGGUUAUACUGGACUGACUAAUUUCUCCCAGUUUCUUGGCCACUAUAUUCCACCUGUUGUUUAUAACUUGUGUAUUUCAUUCCAGGAGUUGAUAGUGACUACAGUCUCCUCUGUUCUGCUUUCCCUAUUGGCCUCGUACUACCGAUAG